CACUUCGCAAGGUCAUCGACAUGAAGAUCGCCACGACAUCCGUCUUCGUGUUAGUGGCAACAGCGGCUACUGCCUUACCUGUCUUGCAAAAGCGCGCGAAUCCCAAGGGUAUCGAUAUUUCCAGCUACCAGGGGACGGUCAAUUUCAACACCGUCAAGGCGAACGGGAUCUCCUUUGUGUACAUCAAGGCGACGGAGGGUACCACUUUCAAGGACCCAAACUUCUCCAGUCACUACGAGGGUGCGACCAACGCAGGUCUCAUCCGCGGCGGGUACCACUUCGCCCAUCCUGACUCCUCUUCGGGUGCUACCCAGGCAAAGUACUUCCUUGCUCACGGCGGAGGUUGGUCGAGUGACGGCAUCACCCUUCCGGGUGCUCUUGACAUCGAGUACAAUCCGAGUGGGGCCGAAUGCUAUGGCUUGAGCGCGUCGGAGAUGGUGUCCUGGAUCAAGGAUUUCUCUAACACCUACCACUCGUCCACCGGGGUGUACCCGGUCAUCUAUACCACUACCGACUGGUGGAAGACCUGUACGGGCAACAGCGCUGCGUUCGCGUCCACGAACCCCCUUUGGAUUGCGCGCUAUUCGUCUAGCAUUGGCGCGCUCCCCGCUGGCUGGAGCUACACGACCUUCUGGCAGUACGCGGACUCGGGAUCAAAUCCAGGAGACCAGGAUGAGUUCAACGGUACCCUUGAUGGCCUGAAGAAGCUUGCGCUCGGCUGA